GCUGCUUGUCUUAGCCUAGCUGUGCUGCUGUGGGAGGUUGAUGGAGCCCAGGCUCGGGGGUGGCCAGGCUGGCUGCGAAAACAUUUCUGACCUACUGUGUGUUUUUCACUGCCUGGACAAGAAGGAGUUGUAAUUGUACUGUCGGCCACGGCAUUCUCAUUGAAGCGCGGAGUGAAGAAGUCGAAAAGGGAGAAAAAUGUUGAAAUCCUUUAUUUAUCCAGCUUGGUCAAAUCCCUCAGCGCCUCAGAAAACAUCAGCAGUAACCGUAACAUCCGUGUUAUUGACUGCUGCUGCUGCUGCGGCUGCUCACUGAUUCCGCAUAACACGGAAAGGAUGAGUACUUUAUAUUAACCUUUCUCACUUUAUUCCCGUCAGCGUUUGUGGCAGCUGAGAUCGCGUGAGCAACUUGGAGAAGGUUAAAACGCUAGCGCAGCUCGUCAUAGACUAGUCGGUUGUUUAUGCUUUAAAAUGGCUGCUGAGAGGCUGAAGUACAGCUGAUUUUGGUUAAAGAUGCUCUGGAGGAUUGUGAGGCCAUGUGUCUGACACGGAACAAUGUGUGACUUUGAGGAUUGGUGCAGUAUUGAGGACUUUUCCAGCAGGAGGUAACGCUGGCUAAGGCAGGAAAUUCAUCCUCUUGAUCCCCCCCAAAAAAGGAAAAAGAAAACAACAACAACAACAAUGAGGCAAACCCGGUGUCUAUCAGAGCUCAGCUGAUUUUUUUUUUUAUUCCAAUGACUUGAUUUAUUUAUGAAGGAUUCCAUGGCUUUUGUUUAUUUUCGCUACACCCUUUGUAAGAAGACUGGGCUUUUCUCCACAGAGAUGAUGUGCUUAACGGAUACGUCGUGUUGGUGAAGCCUUGACUGGAUUCCCGUCGCUAAUUGAAACAAUCUGGAGAGCCUGAGAAGGGCCUCGUUAUAAUCCUACAGAAAUGGAUGAGAGGAAAACGCUGAGGACUGAGCUGGUUCGUCUCAGACAGAUCACUGUGUCCCGGUUUGGGCUGCAGGGCAUGAACACAUACCUGGUGCUUUGUGCGAUGUUGUGCCUCGUGCUGGCCACAGACGCGUCUCCGUCUAAAACCUGCGACAAAAACUGUCUGUCUGGGAAAUGCGUGAACGGCUCGUGUGUGUGUGAUCGAGGAUGGGUUGGGGAUCAGUGUCAGCACUGCCACGGCAGAUUCAAGCUGACCGAUCCAUCAGGGUACCUGACAGAUGGCCCCAUCAACUACAAGUACAAAACCAAGUGCACGUGGCUGAUUGAGGGCUACCCAAAUGCUGUGCUGAGGUUGCGUUUUAACCACUUUGCGACCGAAUGUAGCUGGGACCACAUGUACGUGUAUGACGGAGACUCCAUUUACGCCCCUUUAGUAGCUGUGUUCAGUGGUCUCAUUGUGCCAGAGGUUCCAGGGAACGAGACCGUCCCUGAAGUGGAGACCAACUCUGGCUAUGCACUCCUGCACUUUUUCAGUGACGCAGCCUACAACCUGACCGGAUUUGAGAUCUUUUACUCGAUAAACUCGUGCCCGAAUAACUGCUCAGGCCAUGGCAAGUGCACCACCUCAAACUCUAUAGCAAGCAGAGUGUACUGUGAGUGUGAUAAAUACUGGAAGGGCAAGGCCUGCGACAUCCCUUACUGCAGGAACAACUGUGGCAGCCCAGACCACGGCUACUGCGACCUCACUGGGGAAAAGCUGUGUGUAUGCAAUGACAGCUGGCAAGGUCCAGAUUGCUCUCUGUCGGUGCCCUCUACUGAGUCAUACUGGGUCAUGCCCACAGUGAAGCCUUUCGGCACAUCACUAGGCAGGGCAUCCCAUAAGGCAGUGGUUCAGGAAAAGGUCAUGUGGGUUGUUGGUGGCUACACUUUUAACUAUAGCAACUUCCAGAUGAUCUUAAAUUAUAAUCUGGAUAGUGGUACCUGGAACACUGUGGCUAGCAGUAGUGGGCCUGUGUCGAGAUAUGGCCAUUCUCUCACACUCUAUCAGGAUAAACUCUACAUGUUCGGGGGCAAGUUGGAGAUGGGCUCGGGCAACAUAACAGACGAAUUGUGGGUGUUUAAUAUGCAGAGUAAGUCAUGGGCUCAACAAUCUCCAAGCACACCGGCUCAUGGCCAGGUCUACGCGGUGGAGGGUCAUUCUGCACACAUAGCCGAACUGGACACAGGAGACGUGGUAAUGGUGGUCAUCUUCGGCUACUCCUCCAUCUACAGCUACAUCAGCAACGUGCAGGAGUACAACAUCAAAACAAACACAUGGCUGGUUCCUGAGACGAGAGGAGCCACAGUACAGGGGGGUUACGGUCACAGCAGUGUAUAUGAUGCCGGCAGUAAGAGUGUGUACGUCCACGGAGGCUACAAGUCCCUGCCUGCUAAUAAGUAUAGCCUUGUAGAUGACCUGUACCGUUAUGAGGUGCACACUCGGGUCUGGACUAUUCUGAAGGAGAGCGGUUACCCUCGAUACCUCCACUCGGCAGUGCUGCUGGGAGGAACCCUGCUCAUCUUUGGAGGAAACACUCAUAACGAUACAUCCCUAAGCAAUGGUGCUAAGUGCUUCUCUGCUGACUUCCUGGCUUAUGAUAUUGCAUGUGAUGAGUGGAAGGUGCUCCCCAGACCAAACCUGCACAGAGAUGUUAAUCGUUUCGGCCACACUGCUGUCACCAGUAAUGGGUCCAUGUAUGUGUUUGGAGGAUUCUCCAGUGUGCUGUUGAACGAUGUGCUGAUCUACAGGCCGCCCAGCUGUGAGGCGUUUGUGGGGCAGGAGCGAUGUGAGGCUGCAGGUCCGGGGGUGCGCUGUAUUUGGAGACAAAACCGCUGUUUCUCCUGGGAGCCCAGUUUUUCCACAAGCACACCUGCAUCCUUCUGCCCUGCCAAGCCUGCUACGGUGGAUGAGAGAUGUCACCGCUUCUCUGACUGCACCAGUUGUACUGCGAACACUAAUGGCUGUCAGUGGUGUGACGACAAGAAAUGCAUCUCAGCCCUCAGCAACUGCACUGCUGGUGUGAGAAACUUCACCAAGUGCUCAAUCAGAAACGAGCAGAUCUGCAGCAAGCUGGCCAACUGCAAGAGCUGCACCUUAAACCUUAACUGCCAAUGGGAUCACCAGCAACAUGAGUGUCAUGCCCUCCCUGCCAAGUUGUGUGGAGAAGGGUGGAGUCAAGUGGGCGAGUCCUGCCUGCGCAUUAACUCAAGCCGAGAGAGCUAUGACAACGCUCGGCACUACUGCAAGAACCUGGGUGGCAUCAUCGCCUCUCUUUCUACUGCCAAGCAAGUCGACUUUGUUCUGGGGGAACUGCAGAAAUACCAGCAGCAAGAGAAGAAGUUGUUCCCCUGGGUGGGCCUGAGGAAGAUUAACGUGUCCUACUGGGGCUGGGAGGACAACACUCCCUUCACGAACACUUCUCUGCAGUGGCUGCCUGGAGAGCCCAAUGACUCAGGCUUCUGUGCCUACCUGGAGAGAGCGCAGGUCUCAGGGCUCAGGGCAAAUCCCUGCAACGCCAACACCGAUGGCCUCAUCUGUGAGAAAGCAGUCGAGAGCCGGAAUGCACGGCCGUGUAAGACCCCCUGCUCGCUGCAUGCGACCUGUGAGAACUGCACCAGUCAGGCCACAGAGUGCAUGUGGUGUGGCAGCACCAAACGCUGCGUGGACUCCAAUGCCUACGUCAUCUCUUUCCCCUAUGGCCAGUGUCUGGAAUGGCAGACUGGAGACUGUGUGGCUCAGAACUGCUCUGGCUUUCGGACAUGUGGUCAGUGUCUGGAGCAGCCUGACUGUGGUUGGUGUGGAGACCCAACUAAUACAGGCAAGGGACAGUGUGUAGAGGGCUCGUACCGUGGCCCUAUGAAGAACCCACUCAAACACAGCCAGGACAUGCUGCUGGAUACGACACUCUGCCCCAAGGAACGAGGCUACGAGUGGGCCUUUAUCCAGUGCCCUGCCUGCCAGUGUAAUGGCCACAGCACUUGUGUGAACGGGAGUGUAUGUGAGCAGUGUCGUAACCUCACCACCGGCCCACACUGCGAAACCUGCAUGCCUGGUUAUCAUGGCGACCCCACCAACGGAGGGAAGUGUCAAGCCUGUAAGUGUAAUGGCCAUGCCAAUGUGUGCCAAGUGCUGACGGGGAAGUGUUUCUGCACCACCAAGGGAAUUAAAGGAGACCAGUGUAACCUAUGUGAUUCAGAGAAUCGUUACCUUGGCAACCCUUUGAGAGGAACCUGUUACUACAACCUUUUGAUUGACUACCAGUUCACCUUCAGUCUGCUUCAAGAGGAUGACCAAUAUUACACUGCCAUUAACUUCAUGGCCACUCCAGAACAGACCAAUAAAAAUUUGGACAUGUCCAUCAACGCAUCCAACAACUUCAACCUCAACAUCACUUGGUCUGUUGGAUCAACAGCAGGUACCAUCUCUGGAGAAGAAGUCCCGAUUGUGUCCAAGACCAACAUUAAAGAGCACAGAGACAGCUUCUCCUGUGAGAAGUUCAGCUUUCGCAGCAAUCCCAACAUCACCUUCUACGUCUACGUCAGCAACUUCUCCUGGCCUAUUAAAAUACAGAUUGCCUUCUCGCAGCAUAACAGCAUCAUGGACCUGGUGCAGUUCUUUGUGACAUUUUUCAGCUGUUUUCUCUCUCUGUUGCUGGUGGCUGCAGUGGUGUGGAAGAUCAAACAGACCUGCUGGGCCUCGAGACGGAGAGAGCAAUUGAUGAGGGAAAGGCAACAAAUGGCAAGCCGUCCCUUUGCUUCCGUUGCCAUGGCACUGGAGGCGGAAUGUGAUCAGGUGGAGCUGCUACAAGGAGGAAUAGAGGCUCCUCCCAAACCUAUAGCCUUGGAACCGUGUUCAGGAGGAAAAGCUGCAGUUCUGACCGUACUCAUGUGCCUCCCAAGAGGACCCUCAGGGUUUCCACCUCCUGGGCAGUCAGGUAUUGCUAUAGCGAGUGCGCUGAUCGACACAUCGCAGCAGAAGCCCAUGGAUUUUAAAGAGAAGAAUCCAGGCUUAAAGAACCGCAAAGCUCUGCCUACAGCUCACCAGGGCACCUGUGUGUGAGGCACAUGCCCUCUGUGGCUGCCAUCUUACCUGAACUAUCCUUUUCCAAAGAGCUGUGCUUUGUUCCACUGCUGUGGGCCAUCGGCAGCAUCUGUUUCACAGAGAGGCCCCCGGUGAUGGGGUUUUGCUAGGUAGCAGAGUGCUUUGUCCUCCUUCUCCUCCUCCUCCUCUUUAACACUAAACCUAUAUUCAAACUCCUCCAGCACGUGGAUCUCCCAACACAUUUCACUAUUCCUUCUGCUGAUCAGCUAUGUCUAACUAGAAGUCUUUUCGGACAGAGCAAAAACUUUUUCGAAAGUUUCAAGGCUCUAGUGGGGACAUCCUUAACCAGCUUCAUGGUCUUCUGAGCUGAACUGUAAUAUGGAAAAAAAACAACAAACAAACAAACAAAAAUGCCCCGGCCUGACUCCUCCCACAUACAGCAGUCAGACUGCCGUGCCUCUCAUCUGGUUUGUACCUUAUUAGUCAGUGAGGACAGAGGAAUCGCAGAGGAAGGAACUGCUUACCCGGCGGUUGAGCCUUUCACAGGUGACAUUAUAGACUUUUGAUGGUAUUGUAUAUGGGUGUAAAGCCCGUCUCUUUGCUUGCCAAGUACACUCUGUGUUAGCUAAAAAGCUUCUUAUUUACCAUUAAAUGCAUUUGUAACCGGUUGGGCUUUUCUAUUUCAAAUCCAACAAUUCUGUCCUACGUAGCACAGAAGAGCUGUUAGGUUUGUUUAAGCUAAUGAAGUUUUGCUGCUGGUAUAUAUAUAUAUAUAUAUAUAUAUAUAUAUAUAUAUAUAUAUAUAUAUAUAUAUAUAUACACACGAUUUGAAAGAAAUCGACCAUGUUUGACUAAAAAAAAAAUAACAUAUAUUAGCAAAGUUUCUAUGUUUCAUCUGUCUGCUAUUCUCGCAAAGCUUUUGCAUGACAUACACACUAGAUGCUUUAAAAGUCCGAAAAAGAGUCUUUAUUGAUUUAGCCUAUAAAACAGUGGUUGGAAGAAAACAGACAGUCGCAGGCGUCAUCUGCCAGUCCUAGAAACCGACGCCGAUGUGACAAACUCACUAGAAAGAGAUGUAAUACAGUGACUCAGUUGUAUAGAAUUCUUAUUAUAUAAUGCUAGCGAAAACACGACUAGGGAAGCUUUUGUCUUAAUUUUUUCUUGUUUGUUUUUUUUUUUGUUUUGUUUUGUUUUGAGAACAGCUUGGUACUGAUUGAAAACCGGAUCGUCUUGUGGUAAAACAUUUCUUUGUAAUGGAUUGUCAGUCUCUUACGUUUCACAUAUUGUGAAUGCAGCAGAUGGACUUUGGUUAAGGACACUGUUGAGCCACUUGAGGCUUGCAGUGAUGGAAUUUAUCUCCACACGCUUCAUCCAGGUCUCACAGAAAUCCCACCAGGACAGGCUUUUUUCCAUAACCCAUGCACUUUCUCCCUCCAGCUGAGAGCGAGCCAUUAGCAAUAUUACCGAUAUAGGACCUGAGGAAGAACGCAGGUGAGGAAGUGUACAGCGCUCUUCCCCUCAUGUGUUUGUGGAACCCACAAACAUGUCAAAUGUGAAUCACUUGCUUCUUCAUCUAGGUAUUCUAAUGGUUUUGUUCCCAUCUGUUUUUUUUUUUUUGUUUUGUUUUGUUUUGUUUUUAAUAAAGAGCAUUAAAAGGCCACAUUUCUUUUAGGUCCAUCCUUUGUACAAUACCCAUUGUGGUGGUCAUGAUGAUGAUGAUGAUGAUGAUGAUGAUAAUGAUAAUAAACCAUGUCUUUUACAAUGUUUGUGAAAAAGAAAUGUUAGUUUUGUUUUGAUAACUGAUUCUUGUGUAAUACCUCUGUUUUGUACUUUAGUCGUUGAAGUCCUGUAUUUAGCUUUAUUAACCAGUUUUUCUUAUUGUGCAUACAGUUGCAGUUUAUUGCAGCUGUUCGAGGAGACUACUUUUGGGCAUUUGUAGUUACUUUCGGAAGUCUUCUGUGAACAUGAAUGAUAUUUUGAUCAGGUUUUUUUUUUAUUUCAAGCCUGCUUUUGAAUGCAAGUAGUUGUAUGCCGUAGGAGCACAAUGUACAGUCCCAUUACACAGGAAUCUCACUGUAAAGUGUCACAAAAUGUGGAAUAUGAAUGAAACACUCAUUCUUCAGUGCAUAUCAUUCAUCUUCAAUGUAUUUUAAAGAUGGACUGAAAAAUAAAACACAUGAUUCAUAGGG